AUCGAAUCUCAAAGCCAGACCCGUAGAAGUUUUUCGCUGCAAUCCGCGCGAGUCAUCGUCAUCGUCUUCGUUUUCGAAGUGUCGUGCCCGUGUGACGCGAAUAAAUCCCUCUUUACUUGCUAAAUACUAGGAAAAAUUUGCUGGAAAAUCGUACACAGUUAACGGAUAUAUCUGCGCGGAGUUAUUCGUGGCCGCUGAUGGCGGCGAAGCGAAUUCUGGCCGGAUACGCCAGCUACAACAGUGCGGUGGAUCAGUGUUAAAAAAAAAGAUGGUCGAUGAAAAAUUAAAACGCAUUUGAUUCGCCUACUUCGUAUCAUCGCACACCGUCGUAUUUUUUCUUUGCCGUGUGGAAUUCAUCUAUUGUUUAUUGAAGAAAGUUAUUUUCUGGAACCGUGGAGAAUUUAAUCGCAAAUAGCUAUGACUCACUAUCGUCGGGUUGCUAGGAUUCAUGUGACGAGUGUGGCAUUAGUUGGAAAUAAUUAUCGUUUUUAGUUCGACAAUUGCAUCACAUCGGUUUUGACUAGAGAAAAACUGAAAAACGACGAAAAAGUUUUUGGAUAAAUCUGUUUUGGUGCGUACGAGCUAAUUUUGCAUGUAUGCAAAUAUUGGAAAAUUUGUGAAGCAACGAUUUGUGGCCAAUUAGAAAAAAAAUUUCACCCGUCACUUUUCUUUUUGGCUGCUGAAAUAAACUGUACAAGAGCUUUUUGAUCCGCCUAUGGGUGAUUGUAUGUGUGUGUGCGCCCGCCAGAAAGAGAGUGUGCAUCGGCGAAGCAGAAGAGAAGCAAAUCCCAAAUAAAAAUCAAAACACAUUUCAACUGAAUAACUGUCGUCGUCCUUCGUCGAAAAAAUAACACAAGAAAGGUCAUCGGAUCGUGUGUGCGUAGUUCGCGUGUGUUUGUGUUCGCUGCGAACUGUGAAACAGCUGGAAGCGUGUCGUUUUGCGGCUUGUUGAAGGAAAAGGGUGAGAUUGCGGCGGCAGUGCGAUUGUCAAGAUGUGGAGUCCAUCGUACGAGAUCAUCGUUGAGACGCUGACCGGUUCCGAGUUCGAGGUCACCGUCAGCGAUCGGGACACUGUCGGAUAUAUUAAGUCCAAGAUCCAGAAAUAUGAAGGUAUUCCGACCAGCCAGCAACAUCUGCUGUACAACCACAAGGAGCUGCACGAUGCCACUGAAAUCAAGGACAUUCCUCUGGCCAACGGUUCCCGGCUGAGGCUGGUGCUCGGUAUGAAGGGUGGGCCUAUCUCCUCCAAGCGGGUCGUGACCAUUUCGGACUACGAGAAUUGGUUCGACAUGAGUGAUGUGCUAUCAAGACAAGAUGCAGCCAACUUGAAGACUCCCGGAUUGAAACUGCUAGUCAACAAAAAGAACAUACACCGGUUGAUGAAGGUUCGCGCAGAGAAAGCUUCAGACAGCAUCAAGGGAUCGAUUUCGAAGAUCAUUGGUAGUCAGACCGGUGACGAAGCCGAUAGUGAGGAUUUAGAACGUGUGCGAAAAGUUCGUGAUGAUAAAAUUACCACAGAGAAACUCAAUCAAAUAAAGUCAAAACUGAACAUGAAGAAGAAGAAAAUGAGCAGCUCUGCUCUACAGGUACCGGAAACUGAAAUGGUGAUCAAGGAGGAAAAAACACCCAUCGCUCGUCCCACUUAUUCGGCUGGUCCGAUCGGUUCGGCGAUUCCCCACAGCUCGCGUUCUUUUCCACAGGCGGCCACCAUUGCAACAGCAACCCGGGAGCCGUUCCUUCCCCAGAUCAACUUCCACAAUGCCAUCACUCGGCAGGCGGAGCUGGACCGUCACUCACAGAUCCGUGAGAAUCUCCAGCGCAAUCGUUCCUUCAAAACCAUCAGUGCUAAAAAUUUAAACGUAUCCGCCCACGAUAUGACGGUGCACGAUUCGAGCAGGCUCGAACGCUCAUUAUCGUUUCACUCCAACGGCAUCCUCAACCGCAUGGAUGCUGAUCCCACGGGAAGCAGUCGCGUUGGUUACAGCCAAUCGCAACAUCAACUUUCAUCCGCCUCGCUGCAUGAUAUAAUCGAGCUACUCAAGUACAACCCAACCAAGCUGCGCACCAUCUCCAACGACGCGCUUAACAAGAUGGUCAACAAAAAGUCACACCAUCACAAUUCAGCUAAACUGUUGGACAAUAGUUCACUAAAGAACAUUGAUGAGUUGAUCCGCGAUUACGACGUGACAAUGACCAAUCGUGUCAAGGCGGCGACAGCAGCCGCGGCAACUGCGACAGCUGGCGAUUGCUCUAAUUUACUUGCGGAAAGUGUGUUUAACAAAGAGCCAGGAUUCUCAACGGAAAUCGCAUUCGAUGGUGGACCGAAUGCAGCUGGAUUGGAUAAAUCGUUUCGGACGGUGUACAAAUCUACUUCGGAUGACAACGGUUCGUACGAGCUGCCGAAACUUCUGAUCCGAGAGGAUUCACCGGUCGAAUCGUUUCACAGUUCCUAUCCACAUCUGGAAACGGUCGCACUGCGUGGCGAAUCGCCGAAGAAUUUCAACUCGCUCGCGAAGCUGCAGGACACCGGCCACGCUGGAUUGUCUGAGAAUCAAGCAUCAUUAGCUCCCGGAAGUGUAACGAAGGCCAACAGCGAGAAGAGCAAAUUAGCGUCUGGUUCCCUGUUACAACUGUACGAGCAUCCGCCGUCGGCAACGGCCGCUGCAACUGCGAUCGGGAGCAUAGGAAGCGGGCCCUCGAACAGUGGUAGUACCUGGACUCCUCACUAUGGCGGCGUUGGACACCACCAUCACCACUCGGAUCUGGGAAUAAAUGAACUCGAGCUGAAAUUCAUCAACAAUGGACUGCUGGAAAAGGGUGCGAGCAGUGGUUCCGUGUUCAAGCUACCAGCAGUUUCGAAUUUAGAGAUCAAUCAUUGGAAUGCCUUGUCCAGUGAUUCGAUGAAUAACUAUGCGACUGCCGGCGAGGGCAAGGAAAAAGAGGAGGUCCCGAACUCGCGAACAUCUAAUGGGUUUAUACACAGUGAUCUAUCGAUUUCAUCCGAUGAGGAUGACUUGUUCAGUAUAUCGGACCUCAUCUACAAGAACCAGGCCAACAAGUCGAAAUCGAUCGAUCUGAAUGAAUUUCGUAAAACGUUCGGCAGUAGUCCUACGUUGUUAAAUAAUUUCGGAGGGACCAACUGUAAUUUAGCCCCGCAACUGUCGCGAUUGGACGCAAUCCCAUCACAAUAUCGGAGGGGUUACACCAAUUUGAACGAUGCGGGUCUGUCAAGUUCAACCUCCGAGCUGGAGUGCGUGAACGCUACCACGAAGAAAAAGACUGGAAGUGGUGACAACGGAGAGUUGUCGCCAUUGCUAAAACAUAGAAAUAAUGAUCAUGUUUCCUACGUCAGAAGCUACGAGAAUUUAAACCGAUAUAAGGCUUUUUCUAUGAAGAACGGAGAAGCAAGCGAUAUUUUGCGAUAUCAACAGGGUGGAGGGCAAUUGUUGCCUGGUAUUAGUAAUUUAAGUAGUAUUGCAGAUCCGGUUCUAAAUAACAGCGGUGGAAGCGGUUCGAAUCUGAUUGACGAUAGUUUCACAGAUUUCGAAUAUAGGUUCUCUAGGUUAAGUUGUUCGGGUGGAAACAUUCAUCACAAUGGAAGUAGUAUUAGUAGCAGUAGCAAUAGUAGUAACAAUACCAGUAGCAAUACCCAGAAUACUACCAGUAGUCAGCAAAAUAGCAGUUAUCACAGUGGUAGCAAUAAUCGAAUGCCAUCCUCGAACGAUAUAAACCAACGGAAUCGUUUGCUACCCGGUCAUCCUCCGUAUAACUAUACUUCUUCGCCCUUCAACAACUGUUCUACACCUGCUACGAAUUACUGUUUUCCAUCCGAUGAAAGUCUCUUCAAUGCUUUCUUCGACGAUUUUGUGGAGAUUGAUACGAGCGAUAUAUUCGACAAUGCGGAGUACAUCAACCUCGGGGGAAGUCGAAACUCUAACACUUCGACCUCGAAGAUGCUGCAAAAGGCCAACAACACAAACCUUCUUUUGCCUGAAAUUCUCCAACAAGAUGAACUUCUGCUGAAAACCCAGUCAAGUUUCCCCGAAACUGAUGAUGAUUUGCUCAGUGAUGACACUCAUUACUCGGCUAUCCAUCAGGUGGAUGGUGGGGAGCCAGCCCAUCCCACCCAGUCGGAUGAGAAAGGAUUACCGCCCAUUAUUUCCCAAGUCAAAUCGCUAGAUCAAUCUUCAAUGCACCAUCACCCUGCCGAGCCGCUGAAAUCGAAGAAACUUCGUUGUGCGCAAUGCAACCGCAAGCUGGGCGUCAUCAUGAUCAUGAAAUGUCAUUGCGAGAAGAUUUUCUGCGCACAGCAUCGUUACGCCGAGGCGCACAACUGUUCUUACAAUUUUAAACUCGAAGGAAAGAAACUUCUCGAGCGUGAGAAUCCACUUGUGGUGGCUCAGAAAUUACCCAAAAUUUAGGAAGUUUUCGAAUUGAAUUAUGUUCUGUUGUGAGACGCUGAAAUUAAUGAAGAGGUUCAUUUUUUGUUGCUUUCGAAGAUAAUUUGUAUAGAUGAAAAAUACUACUCUGAAUUAUUUUGUAGCUUGGUUUUGGAUAAAGCUAAACAUUCGAUUAUAGUCGAAUGGAAUGUAAAUACAUUUUGUUUUCCGCUCCAAAUUUGUUUUCAUAGUAAAAACACUAUGCUAAUGCUGGAGAUGUAAUUGAAUGGUGUUCCUAGUGGAUUCGUCAUUAGUUUCAUUAUUAGUUUCAUCGGACAUUUUGGGAAGAUUUGAGAAAAUGUGGUCUGAUGAAAUUCACUCACGAGGAAAAUAUCAAAUUUAUUUUAAUUAGUUUACUAUGAAUUGACUUGUAAAUUACUAUGAGCAGUUAACUUAUAAGUGACAAACCUUUGAACUAACAAUUAACUUUUGUGACUAUAUUAUAAAUAAUUGUGGAACGCUGCAAUGAAACACAAUGCGAUAACACUACCAGCAGUCAUAUUCACGUAUAUUUCCGCCUUAUAUCGCUAGUUCCAUUAUCUUUGUUAACGUAGAAAAAACUUAAUUUCAAGUAUCAAAUGCGUUUGUAGGAAAUAAUAAAAAAGUUACUAAAGAAAAAAAGACAAAAUACAAAAAUAAAACAAAAAAAGGAAAACAUAUUUAGCUAGAUUUUCUAUUUCAAUUUUAAUAAACCCAAGUACACCUAUAAUACACGAAACGAAUUCGAUGAAAAUGAGGAAUUUGAAAGUAAAAUAGCAUUACAUCUAAAAUAUAGCGCUUCAGCUUAAUGACGAAUUCAGUUUCAACAAAUUUUUAUUAGACCGAGAAAAAAACCAAAGAUUUUCAAAAUUACUAUUCGACUGGAACAAAUAAUGUUGACAUUAUUUCCCCCAGUUGAGUCUAAUUAAGGAACAGGGAUUGGAAUAAUUGCGGAAGGGUUUUUGAAAACAAUAGGCAUCCAUAUUAACAUUCAACUGGCGCUGAUUUUUCUUUUGUUCACUUUGUAAUUUUUCAAGUAGUUUCCUAUUACCAUUAUAAUCAAUAGAAGAUAUACUAGCGGUAAUCUUAUAUAUGAUGUGUAUAGGAUAUUGACUGUAAACUGGAUCAAAGUAAUCUAUUAUACUACUAAUAAUUCAUCUAUAACUGGCAGAUAUAGUGUUACUUGUUAAGCGCAAAUUCAGAAGCCCUUAGGCGUUUAUUCUUUGCGAACGUAAUAAUUUAUUACUCAUUCAAAAUAAAAAAGGGAAAACAAGGCCCAAUAAAAAGACAGGUAGAAAAAUACGGAC